GGCGAUCCCGGCGUGGUCGACUUCAACCAAGCUUCGAAACCUUGGUACCAUCGCGUAGAGGACGACCCCAGGAGCACUCCGGUAUCGACGAAAUCGAAUUUGGACGUCGGACAAAGGAGAACCGAGCCUCCAAAGUUUGAGACGUGAGCUCCAGGUUUAAGGUAGCAAUCGGAGUAAGGGUUCCACAUCAAGGGAACUAAGUAAUCGCCACAAGAGGUCGUAGAGGAGGAGCUAGGGAGCAUCCAGUCGAGGAGCAUCCAGUGAGAGAGCAGGCUACCCGAGGUGGACCACGUGAACACUUCUGAAGAUGUCUGAUCACGG